UCAGCUUCUCAAUGCGAAACGCCACGGUGGGAAACUACAGAAGUUUCUUUGCGCCUCCCCCCUGCGUGUCCGAAGCUUUUUUUUUUUAAUUUCACUUCUCCGCCUCGGGACGUUGUUUCUGCCACCAGAGAGCUCGACUUCACUUGAAGCGCAAGGCGACAACAUGUUUUCCUGCCUCUUUCUGCUCGUUUCUUUCCUGAAUAUCCUGCGGAGCCUCCAUGUGUCCGCGUGCGAUUACAGCUGUCCAGAUAAUCCUGUGAUGACUCCGUCCAGGCUGGUGGUGAAGUUCGGUGAUCCAGCCUCUGCUACAUGUGUAGCCUGUCAGCAGGCCUGUUUUCCCCUGGAUGACAGUAUUAGAAAUAUGGAAGCUUCUCUUGGAACUUCUAACAUAAAUGGAAGCACAGUGACCUGGACAGUGAACCAAAUGACUGAGUGGAAUUUAACUCCAAAGUGCUACUAUACUACCAUAAUGAAUGAUCAGUGUUGCACUGACCUGCCUGUUACUGUCUACAAACCUCCAGAAAGUGUGUCCUUCAGCUUAAACCCCUCUGGACCUCUGACUGAGGGUUCAGAGGUCACGCUGCAGUGUGAUGUACAGAACGUCGCUCCGGCUGAAAACCUCACUGUGACCUUUUACAGAGGUCACACGCUUCUGGGUCAAGUGAAAAGCAACAAUACCGCAAAGAAACCAGUUAAUGAGAUAUUUUCUAUGAGCUACAACAACACAAAAGAAGAUAAUGGAGUCCAGUUCUGGUGUGAAGCCAAGCUGGAACUGGGAGCUGAAGGACCACAGCCCCCUCUAGUGGUGAAAUCAAAAGAGACCACUGCUACAGUUUAUUACGGACCUGAGCUGAAGGUUCCGGCUGAUCCCGCUCCGAUCAGCAUCAUUAGAGGAGAACCUCUCCAUUUGACCUGCUUGGCUGAAGGAAACCCCAAACCUCGGUACAACUGGACGCUGCCGCCCAACAGAGGCCACAUCAGUGUGACCGAUCUGAAAAUCGACUCAGUGGAUUUUCAGGACGGAGGGCAAUAUGUCUGCACCGCCAACAACACCGUGAACUCCGUCAGUGUUAGAUUUGACGUAACAGUCCGAGAAAACUUCAUCCCGUACAUAAUAGGCGCCGUAGUAAUUGCUGCAGUUGUGCUAUUGAUCGCCGCAGGAGUCAUCUACACUUUUUAUUACAAACAGAACAAGAUGGGAAAGUACCAACUAAAGGACGUUUUCCGUUUGGGCUCAAUGAAUCCCACCACGAUUCCUCUUUGUUAGUAAAAACCAAAUCCCUGGAAGGACAAUGGCAGGUUGAAGAUUCGCUGCAGUGCCUCCGAUCUGAGUCAGGUUGGUGUUGCUGCAGGUUCUCCCUUUUCCCAUCACGGACAUGAAAGACGUUCCACUUUUUGAAUGGAAGUAUUCGCUUCCUCCUAGAUGGUUUUAGUGUCAGAAAGUUGCAGGAACUCUUUGUACCUGGAAUCUGGAGGUUGCAUGUUUUACUCAGGCCACCACGGAUUACAGUAAUUUCCUCUUAACUAUUUGUACUUUGAUGGAUUCUUAAUGAUGAAGGUAAAGGGACACAGUUAAUGCCAAAACUGUCAGUCCAGAGUGAAAGCUCAUAGGAAAUGAUUUAUACUUUGAACUAAGCUCUCAUGCCUGGUAUGUACUUGUUCCACAGUUUGUUUGUUUUUUUUUGUUUUUUUUCCUCAAAUACAUAGCUCAUGAUGUCAUGCACCACUUAGCAUAUUUAUUUAGUGAUUUAUUGCCUACCAUUUGCGAGCUGUCCUAUUAUAUCUGUUCCUUUAUGCUCUGCUAAAAUGUAUUUUAAUGCGACUGAACUCUUAAAAAAAGUUGCUCUCAUUUGCAUAGUGAGUUAGUCGUCAGAAAGCAACUUUUCUGAUCAAGAAUAAUAAUUAUUUUUUGUUGCUUUUACUUUGGCCGCUAUAAUGCACUACAGGACUGUUACUAUGCUUUGAUUAAAUCAGCUGGCAAAGUGCCGCAGACCAAGCCUGUGGCAUUUAUUUAUGGCCAUGUUUAACUCUAUGGUGGUGCAAGAGCAACGCUGGAAGUGACUAAAUACAUCCGGUGGGAAUUUAUCUCCCCGCCUCUGCUGAAUCUCCACAUUCUCACUUUCUUGUCUGCUUCUCAUUCAGAGAACGGUUUACGAUUACGGUCGGGAACAGUUUACGAUCAGCAGUAAAAAAUGGUAACAUCUUAAUAGUUUCUAAUUCCUUGGUGAAACAGCAGUUAAAACAAAACCAAAAUCUGAACACUGAGGUAUCCCAGUCCACUUUGUGGUGGAGAAUUGGUUUUCUCUGCUAUGCACUUUCAUGUUUGUCUUAUUUAUAGUCAGAGAAAUUCUGCAUCGAUGUCUGUGUGUGACAGGAAUCGUUCAUUUUAAUUUCGCUGUCUUUUAAAAACGUUGCUCAUUUUAACAAAAAAAAAAAAAAAAACAGAAAUUACAGUCCAGAUUACAUGGAGCUGCUCUCCAGCUACACCGCAACAUUUUUGUUGCGAUCCAGCCGCUUGUUUGCGCACCAGUGCACACAUGCGCAGAACGCGCUGCUGCAGGGUUUAUUCUACACCUGCACAGGCAGAUAACAGCAGAAACAAUGGUGGGUGGUAUGGCGCUGCGCUGCUUUUCCUGUUCAGUUUGUUCAGAUGGAAGCUAAGAGUCGAAGCGCAUAUGUGUUUCUAUUUCACGCUAAAAUCACAGCGCCCUGUAGUGGCCUGGCGUGACAACUACAGCUGACUAGGUAUCUCCGCGGCGUGGAACCUUUUCCCAAUCAAUAUCCAAAGAUACCGGAAGUAUCCAGGCAGCGGUGUCGCGUAAACGUACUCUAUGUUUAGUUCAAAUGGCUAGGAUAUGAGUCUGGGCUCAGUUUCUGUCAUAUGAUGCAAAAAUGAUUCAAAUUCGGAGUCCAUCCCUCAUAAGAUGUUUUUUCUAUGAAUAGUGAAAAUUUAGCAUCCUGCUGGGUAUUUGGAACAUUUUCUGACGCUUACGCUUUUGUGAGCAUUCUGAUUAUUGUUCAGUUUUUAAAAAAUGUGUAUUUAUAUGUGAAUUAUUGUUAUUUGACUUGUAAGUCAUUUCAGAGGGAGUGUGAAAAGGAGAGGAUUCAUUUGAUGAAGACCAACUUCUGUGUGGAGAUCCUGACGCUGACCUUUAACCCUCUAUUCACUUACGCGGUUUUCUGGUUCUUCCAGAGGUUGCUGUGAAUUUAAACAUUUAUAUGGAUUUUCUUUUGCUUUUCAUGUGAGAAUAAUGAAAACAUAGUGUUGUGUUGAGCAGAUAUGGUAAAACAAGGUUUCAAGUUAAAGUGAAAGGAAAAAUUCUUCUGAGCUUGUAACAGCUUCACACUGUUUCACGGUGGAUGUGUCUGUGCACAAAUCUUUAUAGCUCUAUUUAGACGUGUGUAGUCAAAGUGUUCUCUGAACGUCUGUGCCACUUGUGAAACCACUGACUGUAUUUAUAACUGUUUGUGAAAAUAAUACAUAAGACAUGCAAAUGACCGAAAAAAAUGAAUAUUUUGUGCAGGAAAUAUAAGCUUUUUGAAACUGUAAAUAAAGGGCCAUUUUCUUU